AUGGCUUUGGCUCUUAUCCAGCCAUGGUUACAGCAGGAGUUAUGCUUGGGGAUUUGUUUCAGGGAAGAAAGAAAAAGACAGAAGACUGUGAAGUAUCACAUAUUGAGGAGGCAGAUGACACCAUCAGGAGCGCCAGAGAGGAGGUUAACCUGGGAUGCCAUUGAGCAGAUCAGACAUCUGAAGCAAAAUCAGCCAGAUGAGUGGACAGUAGAGCGUCUGGCUGAAGGCUUCUCUGUCAGUCAUGAUGUGAUCCUGAGAGUCCUGAGAAGCAAAUUCGUCCCCUCUCCUGAAAGAAAAGCCAAGCAGAAUGCAAAAGUAAUGGCUAAAAUGAGCCAGCAGGUGCUGCCUUCAGGUGCUAGGACACAGCAGGACAGGUUGAAACUGCCCGAAAGGAACUCACAAGCCAUACUCCCACCUGGAAGCACAGAAGGUGCUUUGAUCCCUGUGGCUAAUCAGACUCAGGUGAUUCAAGGUCAUGGCUCACGUUCCCUAGCUAAGAGUCUUGUCCCUGUUACUGUUCAGCCCACACACAUUGCAGCUGGUAUUAGUGAAGAUGCCACAGUGACAGAAACAACAGAACGCAGCACUAAUGGCAGUGACCUUACAGAGGAGGAUGAAGAGAGUUGGGAUGGACAGGUGUUGACGGAGGAAGAACUUGAAGAGUUUGUGAAAAUGGAAAAGCCCUCUCCAGCAGUCCAAGUUGGGAAUGAUUUCUUUGAUGCAGAUGGAAACUUUUUGUAUAGAAUCUGAGAACAUGUUGUGUUGUUAGCUCAGCAUGUAGAAUAUUGGGGUCGUGCAAAUUACCAAAUAAAAGUUAUUUUGAAUC